UUUAUAAGAGGUGAGAGUGAGAUAGAGAUGGAAAAUAUAUUGUGGGCUGAAAAAAAAAGGGUCGGAAAAUAAUUUUUUUUUAUAAGUCCAAUAAAUAGUGACUUCCCAAAGGGCGAAAAAAAAUAAAAACAAACAAGGCGAUGCGAACGAUUGGAAAAUCCCAGUACAAUGAAUUGGAUGGUUGAUUGAGGAAGAAAGAGCAAGUCAAAUUAGAGUUUUUUGCUUCCUAAGUAACUGAAAAACCCAAACUUGAUAAUGUUGAGUGGUGGCUCUCGUAUUUCCCUGCACUUGCGAGAGUGUAACCUCCAUCACCAUCAAGGCUUCGGGUUAGGGUUUUGCAGCACCAGAUUCAUUCGCCUCUCUUCUUUCAUGUUCAGACCUUCCUCUGUUACCAUAAUCGGCGUUGCCGAUAGUAAUUGUUAUUUCCCUCACCGGUUGCAGCAGAGAAUGGUUUCUUCUUCAAGCCUCCGAUCCAAAUCCCCUGGCGAAAUUCCCAUUAUGCCCGACUGCCUCAGCCAACAAGAAGAUGAUAAUGAACUUCCAUCUCAAGGAUUGUUCCCAUUGGCAGGAGGCAUUGUAGCACUUGGUAAGUUUGAUGCCCUUCAUAUUGGUCAUCGGGAACUUGCAAUUCAAGCAUCAAAGGUUGGAAGUCCAUAUCUUUUAUCUUUUGUGGGAAUGGCAGAAGUACUUGGAUGGGAGCCUAGGGCUCCAAUAGUUGCCAAAUGUGAUCGGAGCAGGGUUCUUGCCACUUGGGCCCCAUACUGUGGUAAUAUUGCCCCAACAGAGUUCCAAAUUGAAUUUUCAAGUGUUCGACAUCUCAAUCCGCGACAAUUUGUUGAAAAGUUAUCCAAUGAACUUAAAGUAUGUGGAGUGGUAGCAGGGGAAAACUACCGAUUUGGAUAUAAAGCUGCUGGCGAUGCAUCAGAGCUGGUGAGGCUGUGUGAGGAGUAUGGUAUGGAAGCUUAUAUUAUAAAGUCUGUGAUGGACAAGAAUAAAGAUCUGAGAAACAUGAACUUGAGUGAUUUAAAGGACAGAGGACAAGUCUCUUCCACCCGUGUUCGCCAUGCUUUAGCUGUAGGUGAUAUGAAAUACGUGUCGGAACUUCUAGGUCGCAGACAUCGCCUCGUGAUGAUGCUAAAAGACCAAAAAGGAUUGACAAGUACUAGUAGUAAAUGGAAAUUCUCAAUUACAAGGUCUUGUUUACUGAAUCUACCCCCAAAGGAUGGUUUCUACGAAAACUGUUUUCUUAUCUUUGGUAAUGCGGAGCCAGUGAAAUGUAGUGUAUUCAUUGACUCAACAUAUAUCCAUUUAGAAAUUGAUGAGAUAGGUCUCAGCAAUUACAAUAGUUCACAAGCUUUCCAGCUCAUGGGUGUUGAAUUUGGUGAUUGAUAAAUUGAUUGUGUUUAAUUUAUUUGUUUUCAAUUUUUGCUUUUAUUCAAUUAGAGUAGAUCACAGAUGAGAAGUGUCUUCAAUGUUUCAAAGCGAAUGUAUUAUAUGUGCUUUAUGAGCAAGGGGAUUCUUUGUAGUUUAUUAUUAGUUGACAUAUAUUAUUGUUUUCUACAUCAGUAUUUAAUGAAGUUUUUUCACUGAUUC